CAAGAUUUCAGUGUCACUCAUUUUUCACAUCGAUUCGUCGAUCUUAUCGAUUUAAUUCUACUAUGAGUAGUCAAAGACCGUCACUCUGUGAUUUCGAUGCACUUGUAUUAGGUUCGUACAAAGAUGGGUCACUUACGGAUACUGCUGCAAAAGAAAUCCCUGAAGGUUUACAAAGAAACAUUAGAGAUCAAUUACAAUUUUCCGGAUUAAAAGGAAAAUUGGGUGAAGUUAGAAUGUUUUAUGGUCUAGGUGGAGAUGAUGUGAAUAUUCCAAAAAAAAUUGCUGUGGUGGCUUUGGGAAUUAAUAAAAGUUGUGAACAAAGUCAUGAUGUUUCUGAAGCAUUAGAAAUAUCUCGCAAGGCGACAGCCAUUGGAAUUCGUUCUUUACGAGAACUAGGUGUUAAACAUGUUGGAGUUGACGUUAUGGUUCAUGAACAUGGCGCAGCCGAAGGUGCUACUUUGGGUCUUUACAGAUUUGAUAGUCUUAAAUCUGCAAAAAGUCAAAAACCAACUCCCAAAAUUUCACCAAUUGGUUCGACAUCUACGAAUACCGAUGAUAAUUUAACCUGGAAUACUGGUUUAAUUUAUGCUCAAGCACAAAAUCAUGCUCGAAAAUUGGCAGAAAUGCCCGCAAAUCAUAUGACUCCAACUAUCUUCACCGAAACAGUUAAAUCAUUCUUACAGGAUUUACCAAAUGUAAAAAUCUUUGUUCAUGAAAAAGAAUGGGCAAUCCAAAAAAACAUGGGAUCUUUUUUAUCAGUCGCAAGAGGUUCCGAUGAACCAUUGAAAUUUUUAGAAAUUCAUUAUAAUGGUGGAGAAGAUGAUCAAAAACCUUUAGCUUUUGUGGGGAAAGGUAUUACUUUUGAUAGUGGUGGUAUUUCUAUCAAACCAUCAGCUAAAAUGGCAGAGAUGAAAGGAGACAUGGGUGGUGCAGCAGCAGUAUCAUCUGCUAUGUAUGGUAUAGCCAAACUUGGUUUACCAAUAAACGUUAUUGUCUCAGUUCCAUUGUGUGAAAAUAUGCCGUCAGGACAUGCAACUAAACCCGGUGAUGUCUUUAAGGCCAUGAAUGGAAAGUCAAUUGAGGUUGAUAACACGGAUGCUGAAGGACGGCUUAUUUUAGCAGAUGCGCUAUACUAUACAAGCUCCACUUACAAACCACACAGUUUAGUAGAUGUUGCUACAUUAACAGGAGCUAUGGUAAUUGCUCUCGGAGAAUUUUAUUCAGGUGUUUUUACCAAUUCAAAUAGACUUUGGGAACAAUUAUUAGAAGCGGGAAAAAUUGCAAAUGAUCCUUUUUGGCGUAUGCCACUUGAUAGUAAAUAUUGUGAAGUUCUUAAGAAGUCAAUUGUGGCAGAUCUCGUAAAUGUUGGUCAAAGGGGUAUGGGAGGUUCUUGUGUAGCUGCUAUUUUCUUGAAAGAAUUUGUGGACGGAUUAACUGAUGACACUAAUGUUAAUGAAGAGGAAAAUAAUAUUGAAAAACUGAUUGAUGCGGAUGCAGAUAUGGAUAAAAAGAUUCGGUAUGCUCAUAUUGAUAUCGCAGGUUCAAUGAUUACAUCUCGGGAUUCGGGAUAUCAUGUUAAGGGCAUGACAGGACGCCCGACUCGUUCUUUGGUAGAAUUGGCUAGGUUAAUUGCUAAAAAUCCAGAUUUUUGCUAA